AUGAGCGAUCCGAACAACCCGAACAUCGAGAAACGCACCACCCCGCAGUGGGCGUUAUACCAGCGCGAGAACUUUUGGAAGGCGAAUGAGGGGCAGACUCCGCCGUUCAAUACUGAUCCGACCAAGCUCGAAGAAGAAGCUCAACGCAAACUCAGCCAGGGCGGAUGGUACUACGCCUCCUCGAACGCCGGCCAAUCGACGACCCACCUAGCAAACCGACAAGCCUUCUACCGCCACCGCCUCAUCCCCAACCAGCUCGUCGACACGAACCUGCGCGACACGUCCACGACCAUCUUCGGCCACCGCGUCUCCGCGCCCAUCGGCUUCGCGCCCAUCGGCAUCAACGCCAUCUACCACCCGACCGCGGAGCGCGCCGUCGCCAAGGUCGCCGGCGAGCUGAACCUGCCCUACUGCCUCUCGACGGCGGGGAGCACGCCCAUCGAGGCCGUCGGCGCCGCCAACGGGCCCGGCAACCCGCGCUUCUACCAGCUGUACAUGCCGCACGACGACGAACUGACCCUGUCGCUGCUGCGGCGCGCGUGGGCCGCCGGCUUCGACGCCCUGAUCCUCACGACGGAUACGUGGCAGCUCGGGUGGCGGCACGACGACGUCGCGAACUCGAACUAUGCCUUCUACCGCGGCAUCGGGGCGGAUCUGGGGUUGACGGACCCCGUGUUCCGGCGGCGGUGUCAGGAGGCCGGGAUCGACCCGGACAACGAUCCAGUGGCCGCGUCGACCAAGUGGAUCGAUUCCGUGUGGCACGGGCGCGCCUGGUCGUGGGAGAAGAUCCCCUGGCUCAUGGCGCGGUGGCGCGAGAUCUCCGGGGGAAGGCCGUUCGUGAUCAAGGGGAUCCAGUCCGUGGCGGAUGCCAGGAAGUGCGUCGAGUAUGGGGUCGAUGGGAUUGUGGUGAGCAACCACGCCGGUCGGCAGGUGGAUGGCGCCAUUGCGAGUCUGGAUGCGCUCGAGAAUAUUGUGGAUGCCGUCGGGGACCGGAUCUAUGUCAUGUUUGACUCGGGGGUGCGCGGCGCCAGUGAUGUUGCCAAGGCGCUGGCGCUGGGCGCCCGGUUCGUCUUCGUCGGCCGGCUGUGGGUCUGGGGCCUCAGUAUCAUGGGCGAGGAGGGCGUGCGCCACGUCAUGAAGUCGCUGCUGGCCGACUUCGAUAUCCUCAUGGCCGUCGCGGGAUUUAAUCGCGUGGAGGACUUUGAUCGCUCUGCUCUGGAAUCAUACCCCAAGUCGUACACUUUGAUACCGGAUCGGGUUUUAUAG